AUGACAGCAGUUAAUGGCAAGGAAGGGAUUGACCCUUUUCAGCGUUGCAUUACAAUUGCAUCGGCAUGUCAAUUAGUUUUUCGAAGACAUUUCCUGGAGGAGAAUUGUAUAGGAAUUAUUCCACCUCAUGGAUAUAAACCUGAAACAAAACACUCAAUCAAGGCAAUCCAGUGGUUAAAAUACAUGUCACAUAAAUUUGGAGUGAAAAUUCAACAUGCCCGAAAUGGUGGAGAGAAGGUCAUAGGGCCCUAUAAAGUCGAUGGUUAUUACGAAACGGAUGGGGAAAGGGUCGUGUUGGAAUUCCACGGAGACUUCUGGCACGGAAAUCCAGAGUCUUAUUCAGCAGACACAUAUAACCCUGUACGUGGUCUCACAAUGGGAGAACUUUAUCAGGAGACUAUGGAUAAACAACAGUAUUUGCAAAACCAAGGAUACACCUAUAUCUGUGAAUGGGAAAAAAAAUUUGAUAGAAAAGUCACAGAAGAUGUCGAAUUGAAGAAGAUGAUUACCGAUCUUAACUGGCAAACUCCACUUUGUCCUCGGGAUGCUUUCUUCGGUGGAAGAACAGAAGCUUUUAAACUGUUUGCAGAAGCAGAUGAAAAUACAUCAAUCAAGUAUUAUGAUGUCACAUCCCUUUAUCCCUUCAUAAACAAGACUGGGAAAAUUCCCAUAGGACAUCCGGACAUUAUCACAGAAAAUUUCAAGAACAUUUCUGCUUAUGAAGGGCUUAUAAAAUGUAAAGUUUUACCUCCAAAGGGACUCUUCAUACCUGUUUUACCAACAAGAAUAAAUGGUAAACUCUUAUUUGGGCUCUGCAAAUCUUGCAUGGAAACAAAACAAAUGUCAAAAUGUACACAUCUUGACGAAGAUCGUUCGUUUAUCGGUACAUGGGUCACCGAUGAGUUGAAAAAAGCGAUUGAAAAAGGAUACGAGGUUACGGAAAUAUACGAGGUGUGGCACUUUGAAAAUAUUUCUCAGUAUAAUCCAUUAACGAAAAAUGGGGGAAUCUUUACAGAUUAUGUAAAUACGUUCCUCAAGGUGAAACAAGAGGCAAGUGGUUGGCCUGAUUGGUGUAAAACAGAGGAAGACAAAAGGGAAUACAUAAAUGAUUAUUUUGUCAGGGAAGGGAUUUUACUAGAAUAUGACAAAAUCAAAUUUAAUCCAGGUUUAAGAGCUCUUGCAAAAUUAAUGUUGAAUAGCUUCUGGGGAAAAUUUGGACAAAGAUUGAAUUUACCAAAGACACAGUAUCUCACUGAGCCUGUGCAGUAUUUUGAUAUACUUACUAGUGAUGAACAAAACGUCUUGGAUGUCAGUUUUGUUAAUGACGAAAUGGUACGUAUUCAGUGGGUUAACAGUGAUGAUUUCAUUGAGAACACCGGGAGAACGAAUGUCGUCAUUGCAGCUUACACAACAGCACAAGCUCGACUCAAACUUUACUCUUACCUGGAAAAACUUGACAGAAGAGUACUUUAUGUCGACACCGAUUCGGUAGUAUUCACCACAAAACCUGGAGAAUGGGAGCCAAAACUGGGUGAUUACCUUGGGGACUUAACAGAUGAAGUUCCUGACAAUGAAAUCGAAGUGUUUGUGACCGGUGGUCCUAAAAAUUAUGCAUACACUUUAAAAAAUUCUGGAACUGACGGGAAGAUCUCUCAGUGCAAAGUACGAGGAAUUACCCUGAGUUACGCUAAUCUACAGAAAAUUAAUUUUGAAACUAUCAAAGAAAUGGUUCAAAACAUGGACCAAGACCAAAAUGACACUACAAUUACUGUUACCGAUUUACACAAAAUUACAAGAGACACUAAAACAAUGAACAUCAUCACCAAGGUUGAAGAAAAAGACUAUAAAAUUGUUUUUGAUAAACGUGUGCUACAAGGACAAGAAUCUGUCCCAUACGGGAUGUAG